CUUUCUCUUAAUUUCGGAUCCAGUGCUUCCUCCAACCUCCUCAAGAUGUCUCUCUCUCCCUCAGUAAAGCGGCCAAUCUGAAUGACCAAGAUAAGAAUCGUGUUGAUUGGGAAAACUGGAGUGGGGAAGAGUGCAGCAGCCAACACCAUCCUGGGGAGAGCGGAAUUCAAAUCAAGUGCCUCAGCCAACUCUGAAACACAACACUGCAGGGAUGCAAUCUUAAAAAGAAAAAGACGUCCAAUUAAAGUGAUUGAUACCCCAGGUAUCUUAGACACGGCAAAGGAAACUGAAGUCAUCAAAGAAGAGAUACUCAGGUGCAUCAAGCUUUCCUGUCCGGGGCCCCAUGUCUUCCUGCUGGUCAUCCAGGUAGGCCGGUUUACAGAGGAGGAGCAGAAUGCAGUUAGAGCCUUGCAAGAGAUAUUUGGGGAGAAGGCCAAAGAUUACAUGAUAGUCCUCUUCACCCGAGGCGAUGCGCUCAAAGGUCAGUCCAUCAAAGACUAUGUGCAAACGGGAAGCCCCAGACUCCAAGAGGUUAUCAGAAGUUGUGGUGGAAGAUUUCACAUGUUCAACAACAACAGCAAGAGCCGUGCCCAGGUAAAUAAAUUGCUCAAGAAAGUGGAGGAUUUGAUCGCAGUUAACGGAGCAGCACCUUUUUCCGAAGAGAUAUACCAGGAAACGACCAGAGUCUUAGCUGAAACAGGGCUCUCCUGGGAUUCACCCGCAGUGGAUUUACAUCUUACCUUCCUUCCUGAAUUGAAGAGAAGGGUGGGAAAUUAUAUCCAUGUUCUUGACGAAGACUGAAAUU